CUUUUUCAGGCUUGGUGAGACAUGUAAUCACGUCGCCGCUAUCCUCUUCAAAGUGGACUACGCAUGGCAGUGGGGGGUGAACAACAAGGCGUCGACCUCCAAACCUUGCCUGUGGAAGGAGCCGUCAUCAAAGAAAGUGGCCCUCCGACCCAUUCCGCUCUCAGCUAUGCUGAUAAAGAAGCCCCAUUACCGCCAUGGAGGAAAAAACAAGCCGAUCAAUCACCCAAAGAGGCAAAUGUUCAAGGUGGUAAAAAAGUCUCGGCCUGCCACGCUGUCAAGUUUGAUGGGAUCACUAUCCAUUAGCUGCCCAGAUGCUGCAGUGUUCCAGUACGCGGACAUUGAUGUGUCGCCUAAUUUCCAAAUAUCGGAUGAUGUGAACGUAUCCUGCACAGUGGACGUAGAGACAACUGAAGUGGCCCCCCCAAUAAAGACACUCACAGAAGCGGCUCAAGAUGUCGACAAUGCAAUGGCGCUCGUCAAGAACUUGGAGUAUUCGGAGGAAUCUGUGGCAGAGUUGGCCAAACUAACAAGUGGACAGGCGGACAAUCCAUUGUGGUUUAACCACAGAGAGGGCAGGAUCACAGGGUCAAGGAUGCACGCUGUCCACACCAAAAUGAAAUCUAUUUCGGCCGACCCAAGCAAAAAUGCAGAUUCCUUGUUGUCCAGUUUAAUGGGAUAUACCAAAGUGUCCGACAACAUCCCAGCUCUCAAAUAUGGCCGGGUAAUGGAGGAUGAGGCCCGGAGUCGGUAUGUGAAAGAAACACAGGGCAACCACCUCAAAUUGUCAGUGACACCAUCAGGAUUACAUGUGUCGGCUAAGAAAGGGUUUAUUGGUGCUAGUCCGGAUGGUCUGGUGUCCUGUGAUUGUUGCGGACAGGGACUUUUGGAGAUCAAGUGCCCAAUUAGUAUAGCCCAUGAUGUGCCAAGUUCAGCCAACCUGGCAUACCUUAAGUACGGUAAACUGUCGAAAACUCAUACGUACUAUACGCAAGUGCAGGGGCAGUUGGCCAUUACAGGUAGGCAGUGGUGUGACUUUUUCGUUUACACAAAAUAUGGUCACUACCUGGAGCGAGUACUGUUCGAUGAAGAAUUUUGGAGCUGUGUAGUAAGCAACCUCGAGAAGUUCUUUGUGCACUUUGUGGCACCAGAACUACUGAGCAGAGAUCUAAAAAAAUCCCGUGCCGCGCCAUUGGAUGUUCAUGUACAGAUGACACCAGUCCAGACAAAAAGUACACCGCGCAAUCCGCCACAGGUACCAAAGAAAAAAGCCAGAACAACAAGAAGACGAAAGCCGACAACCAAGCCAAUUUACAUAUGUGGUUCGUGUGGAAAGGAGUGCAAGGAUGAAGAAGACAUUGAUAGUGAUGAGGACUUUACGAUUGGCUGCGACAAAUGCAGAAAGUGGUUUCACUGGUCGUGUGUUGGGUAUGAAAGUGAAGAGUGCGACAAAUGGUGCUGUGGGGACUGUGGUGCGAGUGACAUGGCCAUGUAA